AAGGAAGUCAAACAGGACCAGCAAAAGAGUGAAUGAUGGAGGCGCAGACAACCAGCAAGCUAUCCACACAGAGCUUUGUCGUGGAAGACUAUGUAGUCUUUUCUGCAAUGCUUGUGAUCUCCAUGGCCAUAGGAGUCUUUCAGGCCUUGAGGAAAAAGCCGCGGGACGCAAACACGGAUGACUUCUUCACCGGCCGUCGCAGUUUGCCAGCGGUGCCCGUUGGACUCUCCCUCUGCGCCAGCUUUAUGUCAGCCGUCCAGGUUUUGGGAGUUCCAUCCGAGGCUUCUCGCUAUGGCUUCAAAUUCAUCUACAUGUGCCUCGGCCAAAGCAUUAACACUCUGCUGACAGCCUACCUGUUCCUGCCCGUUUUCUUCCGCCUCGGUAUCACAAGCACCAAUGAGUAUCUGAAGAUGAGGUUCGGCAGAGGGAUGCAGCUGCUGGGGAGUGUCCAGUUUCUUGUGGCCACAAUGCUCUACACAGGCAUUGUCAUCUAUGCGCCUGCACUCAUCCUUAACCAAGCAACUGGACUCAAUAUGUGGCUGUCUCUCUUCUCGACUGGAAUCAUCUGCACCCUGUACACAACACUGGGGGGAAUAAAAGCUGUGAUCUGGACGGAUGUUUUCCAGAUCAUUAUUAUGCUUUCAGGCUUUGUGGCCAUUUUCAUCCAUGGUACAGUUGUUGUUGGUGGUCCUGCAAUGGUACUGGAAAUUGCCUACAAUGGAUCACGGAUUAAUUUCAAUGAUUUUGACUUUGACCCACGUCGGCGUUACACUUUCUGGAGCUUGUCCGUGGGGGGUGCGCUUGUCUGGCUGUCCAUGUACGGCGCAAACCAAGCUCAAGUCCAGCGUUAUGUCUCCUGCAAAACAGAAAGAGAUGCCCGGUGGGCAUUACUUAUCAACCAGUUGGGCUUAUUCCUCAUUGUGGGAAGUGCGGCAACCUGCGGCAUCGUCAUGUUUGCUUAUUAUGUCAACUGUGAUCCACUGAGGUCUGGGAGAUUUUCUUCGCCUGAUCUAUAUAUGCCAUACUUUGUGCUGGACAUAUUCAAAAACUAUCCUGGAUUUCCGGGUCUGUUCCUGGCCUGCGCAUACAGCGGCACUCUGAGCACGGUUUCCACGAGUAUCAACGCGAUGGCUGCAGUAACAAUGAAGGACCUCCUACGACCUCACCUGCGCCGCAUGAACCAGAAGAAACAAAUCCUUCUUUCCAAAGGACUGUCCUUCGUCUAUGGAACUGCUUGUAUAAUUGUAGCUGCUCUAUCCUCCCUCCUUGACUGGGGAGUUCUUCAGGCGUCCUUCACAGUCAUGGCUGCCAUCAGUGGUCCGUUACUGGGUGUGUUCAUUUUGGGGAUGUUUGUUCCAGGCACAAACAAAUUGGGGGCGUUCUCAGGCGUGUCCGUGGGUCUGUGUGUGUCUUUGUGGCUGGCUGUUGGUUCCACUCUUCACCCGCCCAGCGAGACGACCAUGGGCGUGCUGCCGACUUACAUAGGCGGGUGUGAGCCUGGAAUCCUGAACGACACUCAACAGCAGCACUUCAUUUCAACACCACUUCUCCCUGACAGUACCGGGGGCCUGCAUGAUCUCUACGCCAUAUCCUACCUCUAUCUUGGUGGCAUAGCAAUAAUCUUGGCUGUCCUGGUUGGGAUGCUUGUAAGCUCUGUUUCAGGACCAACGAAGAGAGCUGAUAUUAAACCGGGAUUGUUAUGGUGGGACCUGAGGAAAAAGCAGGUGGUCAUCCUAGCAGAAUGCGAGGUUAAGCCGUGUCUCGAAAGACAACAGCUUGAGUGCUUGAAAGAGCCGCACAAACAUGAUGAAAGUCACGCACAAAAAUCGAAUAAUGCUCAGUAUAUCACAUUCCCUUCUCCAAGUGUAUUAAGCCGAAAAGAUUUGCCGUCUGCUACAUGAGUCUUUUUUCAGUUAAGUUUUUAUUCAUCAUUUUGGUCUCUUCAACAACCCAUGUUUAGAAAUACUGUGGGUGAAAUGAAAAGCGCUUGUCAUACUGUCAUGUUAAUAAACCAAUGUUUUAUUAUUGUCCCCCCCAUGUCCUAUCUGGAGCACUACAGACUUUUAGAAAAAUGCUACAACAAACAAAGAAAACAACUUUG